UUUUGUCUUCCCUUUCCCAAUUUAUCUCCGCUCAUUCGAAAUUCCUAGGGUUUCUCUCUCUCUCUCUCUCAAUUGAUUCAGUUGGGAACCCUCAAAAUUGCAUCAACUUUCGCGGGUGGUAGUACUCGUCGAGAUAGUUACCAGGAUGGCUCAGCCCAGCAACCAUCCGGUUGGGGUUGACAACACUUUUAGGAGGAAGUUCGAUCGAGAGGAGUAUUUACAGCGCGCUCGCGAGCGCGAGGAACAGGAGGCUGAUGGUCGGUUUAAAUCCAAAUCAAAAGGUCCUCCAGUACAGAGGAAACCUUUGAAGCACAGGGAUUAUGAAGUGGAUCUCAAUUCUCGCUUGGGAAAGACUCAGGUCGUUACGCCAAUAGCACCUCUAAGCCAACAGGCAGGUUAUUUCUGCUCAGUUUGUGAAUGUGUGGUGAAGGAUUCUGCAAACUUUUUGGACCAUAUCAAUGGGAAGAAACAUCAAAGAGCUUUGGGUAUGUCUAUGAGGGUGGAACGGUCCUCUCUUGAGCAGGUGCAGGAGCGAUUUGAACGUCUCAAGAAGCGUAAAGAUACAGAACCUUUUACUGAAAAAGACCUUGAUGAGCGGAUAUUAAAACAGCAGCAAGAAGAGGAGGAAAGGAAGCGCCAACGCAGAGAAAGAAAGAAAGAGAAGAAGAAAGAGAAGGCAGCAGAAGAGGAACCUGAGCUAGACCCUGAUGUUGCAGCUAUGAUGGGAUUUGGGGGUUUUGGCUCAUCCAAAAAGUGAUUAGGCUUGACAAUCCAUCUUUCAUUCAAAGAUCUUGAUUUGCCAACUUAUGUUCAGAGGCCAUCAUCGAUAAUAUAUUGAAGAAGUAAGGUUCCCCAUGUAAAUUGGUCUGAUUGAAAGGGGUAACUGCCUAAAAUUGUAGCAUUCAUUUCUUUAAGUAACAAAUAGUUGGACUUUUCUGAUCGCCAUAUCAGAAAGGGUAACUUUUGAGGUUCUUAUCAUUCCUUUUGAAUGUAAUAUCUGUUGCUGAAAGUAUCGGCUUUGGCUGCUGUAAUAGCCCUUUGUGCUGGUGCGAAUCAUUCCCAAUUUUUUAUGCUUCGUUUCGGUGGAUAUUUAUUUUAGUGGAUAAUAUGUUGCAAAAAACUGAGACGUUUAUGAAGAAAUAGAAAAUGGUGACCAAAAGUAGGAAAAGUACAACUAAUGUUAGAAGACAAAAAUUCAAGAAAUUUAAUUCACAUGAGGAUCAAAAAACAUCCAGCUAUCAACAAAACCAAGGC